CUCCGAGUGUCUAAUCUUAACCUGUCAUGUUCACUGGCCCUUGACUAGGCUAAAAAGUGAGUGCAAAAAGCGUUUGCAAGUGCUAGUCAGACAUGUCGUUUACCCUUCACAUCCGCUUCUACCUCCAUUUCCCUCACACAUUACCAUCCCCACCAUCACAAAAGGCAAAAAGCACGUCAACAAGCCCACAUUCAACAAGAACACCUUCCACAACUAUGAAAUCCACAAAGACGUCUAUAUCCGCCCCAUCAUUGGCUGCUACAUCAACUGCAGAAGCGCCUCCACGCGCUGCAGCUCCCGCCUUCACCAUGAGCCGCGCCGACGCGUGCCGCAAACAGCAAAUCUGCAGGAGACUCGACAACAUCUGCAUUAAGGUGAUCUUCAGAUCCAGGGCCUUUACCGAUGUCAGCCACAAGUUCUCCCGCAUGUGCUUCAAGAAGAAGUACAAGCCCUACGUGGACUUUGACCCCGAAGUCAACUUGGCAAUGCUCACGAUCACUUGCGAGCACGAGCGUGAGAAGCUAGAAGAGGUCGUCAAGAUGCAGCUCGAGGUGGCAAGGCAGGCACGCCUGCUCUGCUCGGCCGAGGCCAAGGAGAAGAGGCUUGAUGCCGCGUACUGGAAGCUCGUCAACAAGUACAAGAAGGGUUGA